AUGACAGGACUCCAGAAAUCUAGUGUUAUCUUCUCGGUUUGGGCUCACUUCACAUCUAAAUUUACACGUUGCCAAGCCCUUUUUGCCUACUUUUGUCAAUGCUUCCAUUGUUAUUACUAUUACCAUCAACAUCAUCAAAGUACAAUGAUUGACAGUGACAAACGGGAUGUAAUGAAUGCACAAACCGAGAAACUGAAUUGUCUCUUUGAAAAUAGUUCUUUACUACCAGCAGAUUUGAUAGAUUAUCCAAAUCAAAUUGGUGGUCAUGGUCUUCUGUUUGGAAAUAAGUGUAAGAUAUUAUAUUCCCAUAUGAAAUCAACUAUUUACAAACCAAUACAACACUAUCCAAAAGGUCCACAUGAAUAUGAUUUUUAUCAACGUCUAUUUGAUCCAAAUUGUUAUGAUCCAACUCUGAUUGAACUACGUAAAUUUGUACCAGAUUUCUAUGGUCUAUAUCGAGAUACUCAACGAAAACAUUUAUAUUUAGGCUUAAAAGAUGUAUUGGCCAGUUUUAAGCAUCCAUCAUUGUGUGAUUUAAAAAUGGGUCGUCGAACUUAUGCACCAGACUCAUCUCCAUCAAAGGUAAUGAUUGAAUGUGCAAAAUAUAAAUGGCGUGAACAAAUUGGAUUUUUAAUUACUGGAUUAAGAGUUUUUAAUCCAGAUGUUAAAGAGGAUAGCACAUUUGAUAUAUUCUUUGGACGAUCGUUGGAUCCAACCUCAAUAUACAAUAACGGAAUACGUUUGUUUCUUGGUCCUGAUAUAAAUCGUGCACAGAGAUUAGCUCAUCAAUAUGUUAUAAAGUUGACACAAUUAGCUAAAUGGUUUGAAAGUCAAACACGUUAUCACUUCUAUGCUAGUUCAUUAUUACUUGCCUAUGAUAGUAUUACACCAACUGGUAAUUAUCAUUUCUACUGUAAUGGAGUUGAUCAAAAUUCUUAUUCUCAACAUUCAGUAGAAGAAACUAUCACCAAUGAUCAAGAAUAUUCAACAGAAGAAAAAAAUGAAGAUGUAUUAGUGUAUUUAAUCGAUUUUACUCGUUGGGAGAUGGUUGAAUCUGUAGACAUGAAAGAUGAAAAUUUUCUUACGGUUUAA